UCUAAAUGUACAAGUUACAAAUAUGAGUUAAACAUUAAGUAAUGAUAAUUUUGGUGGAAAUUUAUAUAUAUAUAAUAUUUAUUGCGUGAUUUAUUAUCUGUUAUGAACAAAUGCUAUAGAAAAUGUAAAAAGUUUUGCGCAGAUUUCUUAUCUAUAGUUAGCUAUUCCCCAAAGUCACAUCUAUCGGCCAUUUUGUUAAAUUUAUUUCUAAACGUAUCCCCUCCAAAUUGAAAACAACCGAAGGUUGACGCUGUUCUCGAUCUCGAUAAAGUAUUUUUGGUUAGGUUAAUAGCUGUAUAGAGGAUAUUUAACAUGAUUUCAGUGAUCAAAUAAUUUUAUGUUAUAACAAAAUGGAUGUUGCUGGAGAUUUGACAUUACAAUGGGUGGAGGAGGUGGGAAAUGUCAUUCACGAAGAAGUAAUAUAUGGUUUAGAGGCACAGCUUGUUGGAGCAGAAGAAGAAGUAAUAGGGGCUUGCGAAGAAGUUGCAAUAGAGGAAACAGUAGAAUCAGUUCCCAAUGUAACUUCUACGACAGAAUCAGAAAUAUUAAUGGUACCACAAUCGAACGAUAUGGAAUCUAUUUAUAUAGUUCCACAAGAUCAAGGUCAUGACUAUCUCAAUAUACAGGUUACAGAGGAAGUAAUUGCAGAUAAUUGGGAUAGAUCUGGUCCUGAAGAUGGGGUUGAAAUACCUGAAACAAAAGUGUCCCAUGAAAAUCUGCUUGAAUAUGAUGACAUGGAAAUACCAUUGCCAAUUGAUCAAGAUUCUUAUACAAAUAGUAGACCUUAUCCAUGUGACUUUUGUAGCAGAAGGUUUAGAAAAAAAGCAAAUUUAAUGAAUCAUAUGGUAGCACAUCAGACAGAUCGUCCUCAUGGUUGUAAUUUAUGUGGAGCACGUUAUGCAAGAAAAUGUGAUCUUAUGAAUCAUUUAAAGAUUCAUGCAUAUGCACCAUCUAGAGAUGGUUUAGAGGAUGAUUUAAAUGAUGAUGAUUCAUUAAUACCAGAAGAAGAAGAAACUACUAAAGGUAGACGUAAAAAAGUUCAAUCAAGUGUACCUAGAAAACGUAAAAAUAACUCUGCUAUUUCUAAACGCAAUAUGGAAGAUAGUAAAAUGGAAAUGGGCAAAUAUGUCAAUAAAUCUUAUGAUUAUGUUGACGAGGAUAUGCGCCUUUUGGAAGAAAUGACUAGUAGAAAUUCUGCGCGCAGUGGUAACUAUGCUUCAAGCUCAAGAUGGACUGAACAAAUGUCACCUGUAUCAACUGAACCUCAAGCACCACGUUGGCCUAUAACUGAUCCAACAAAACCAUAUGUGUGUCAAUAUUGUGGUGUUGGUUUUGCAAGAGAAAAAGCACUUGCAUCUCAUGCACGUAUACAUGGUGGUGAUAGUCCAUUUGAAUGUACAUCAUGUGGUGACAUGUUUUGGGAUGUUAAUAGUUUAAGAGAACAUGUUCGUGUCAAACAUGGUGGUACAGUACAAUCUGAUACAGAAGAAUAUGAUAACGAUGCUACAUAUACAGGAGAUGAAAGAUUUGGAGAAUUCUAUUGCAAUACUUGUGGUGUUCCUUUUCACCGUUUGGACUUACUUAAACGUCAUCAAAAGAUUCAUGUUAAACAAGAAACUGAUAUGGUAGAAGGUCCAAGUCAACAUCAUGUUUGCAAUGUUUGUGGUGAAUGGUUUGAAGAAGCUUUAGCAUUAUUAGCACAUGCUGAACUUCAUGCUAGAUCACCCAGUCGCCGAUGUUUAUUAUGUGGUGAAAGAUGUCGUGAUGAUGCUGAAGUUGCUGAACAUGUUCGGCAAAAUCAUGCUGAAGAUGCUCCACCAAAUACAUGCACUCUUUGUGGAAAAACAUGUAAAGACAAACGCAGUUUAUUAAAGCAUUCAUGGGUUCAUAAUGUUGAUAAAACUUUUGGAUGUACAAAAUGUGGUAAACGUUUUCAUAGCAAAGCUAGAUUACGAAGACACAUGGUAUCACAUCGCAAUAAAAUGGUAGCUUGUGAUGAAUGUGGAGAAGAAUUUCCUAAUGGUAGAGCUCUUGUUAGUCAUCGUCAUUCACAUAAUAAAGAUUUAGGUGGUCGUUCUUUUCCAUGUCGAGAAUGUGGUAAAACAUUCGGAAGUCGUAGUUCACAACAAAUUCAUAUUCGUAUUCACACUGGAGAAAGGCCAUAUGGUUGUAGAUUUUGUUGGAAAGCAUUUGCUGAUGGCGGUACUUUAAGAAAACAUGAACGUAUUCAUACAGGAGAAAAACCAUAUGGAUGUGCAAUUUGUCCACGUGCUUUUAAUCAAAGAGUUGUUCUUAGAGAACAUGUUCGAGCUCAUCAUUCAGGUUCUGAUCCAGGACGUGUAGGUAGUCUUACUCCAUAUUUAUGUAAAGUAUGUGGUGAUACAUAUGCAACAUCAGAAGAAAUAGUUGCUCAUAUUGUGCAACAUUGUGAUGAUAAUACUGCAUUAAAACGUCAACCGCAAACAGGACCACGAAAAUACAAAAGAAGACGUAAAUUAAAACCCCAUGAAACCAGCACAAUGUUGCGUAUGACUGAGCAAUAUGAUAUGAUAGAAGGAGCUUCUGAUUCAGACGACAAUACUAAAAGAAAACUUGGAAGAAAAAAUAAACAACAUCGGUCGAAUGUUGAAGAAGGAUAUCAAAACGUUCUUAAGAGCUUUGAAAGUUCUUUACAAAAUAUAAAUUCAAUUGUUAGUAAUUCGAAAUUAAAUCCUGGAAAAUCCAAACUUUCUAAGAAGAAGCUUAGAAAAGAAGAAAAAAAGAAUGAAGCUGAAGCUUCGUGUCAACCUGGUAGACCAAAAAUGAUUCACACCCAAAAAACAAGAGUGCCUGUUGAAAUUGGUAGUGAUGGAGUAAAGAAAGGACAGAAAACGAAAACGAUGGUAACAAGGACUCCUAAAAUGAUGCCACAAGAACAUAAACUAGGUAUUUUUCCUGGUGGAGAAAGAAAUAGACCAAGAACAAAAAACGUUAGUUAUCAUAUUGAAGGGAAACUUCAACCAACACCUGCAACAUUCCCAAAACCAAAAGAAGAACCUCCAACAUCUUUAACACCAGCACAUCGUCAAUCACCAUUAACUAAUAUAAAAAUAGAACCUAAUUUACAAAAAACGCCGAAUAACAAUCACAGAAAUAAUAAUGGUAAUAUUCUUGCUAUUAAUAAUGAAAAAAUGGAAUCAACACCUAGAAAAAGAUCAGGUGUUUUGAAAAAAAUUAAAAAACAGAAAGAUGAAAUUAAACAAGAACCAAUGGAUAUUGAUCAUGAAGAAAUACAAAAUAAUAAUAAUACAGAAAAUACAGAUUCGGCGAGAUUAAUGGAUCAUACAGUAGAUGGAAGUAACUUAGAAGUUGCAUUUGAAGCAAGUGUUACAACCGAAGAAGAAAAUAUACUUCCCGAUGUAGGUGAAGUAAAUAAUACCGAAGAUGUAGGAACUGGGAAUGUAAAACUUAGUGUAAAAGUUGAAUCGACAUCUCAACGAAUGUUGGCUGUUCAUACCGUUAUAGCACCUGUAGAUGAUAUUCCAGAAACUAUAGUACCAGAUGCUGUAGAAUAUACUUGCGAAAUGUGUUCCGCAGUAUUUUCCAGUCGAGCAGAAUUAUUGGUCCAUGUUCCAAUACACAUUUGAUUUAAUUUGUUUAAUGAAAUUAAAGGAGGUAUGCAUAUUUGUUCAAUUUUAAAAAAUAUUUGUUUAAUUAAGCAAUAUUUUAACAUGGUCAAUGAAAGUUUAUCUGUUUAUUUGAAUUGACAUUAUGUUAUUAUGCCAAAUUGUCCUCUACUCGUUGCUCUAUGAAGUGUACCAGAUUUUUGUGUUUAACAUAUAUUUUAAAAGUUGAUGCUGUCUUUAGUUUAUUAUAUCAUUCUAAGGUAUAUAGAAAUUUUCAAACAUAUUCGUUUUCGUUUAUCAUUAUUAUUAUAUCCUUUUUAUACUAUUCGUGUUUCUCUUAAACUAAAAAAUAGUACUAUUUGGCUCAAAAUUCAUAUUGAAUCAUGAUACAAUGAGUAAUGUUACAAAUAUUUUAUAUGUUUACAAUUUAUGAAGUCAGUUACUUUGGUCAAAGAAUUGAAAUCUUAGACCAUUUUUUUGCCAUCCACAAUUUUAUACUAAAAUUUAACAAAAAAUGAAAUAAUGGCACGUUGUGUACAUAAAAUACUAAGAUAUUCUAAAUAUUAAUGCGAGUGUGUUCUAUAAUAUUACUCGUUUAUAUAAAUUAAAUUUACUCUGUACGUUUGCUUUUAGCUUCUAAGUAAUUAGAUAUAUGAUAGCCAAUGCAUUGAAGUACUAUGAUAAACAAUUUAUAUUAUUAAUCCAGAUUGUUUUUCCUAUAUUUUUUACUUAUAACAAUAUUUACAAAAAUCAACAUAACACAUUUGAAAAAUAGAUAUUGAUCGAUUUAUAAUUAAAAAAAAAAUUAAACUUUUAAAUUUGCCUUAAAUCAAAUAAUUGUAAAGUAGUAAUAAUACACAUUGCACAGGUUGCAUAGGAAACAUUUAUAAAAAUUAAUUUCGUAUUUUGGAGCAUUUUGUGAUACAAGGAACACGAAUGCAUUGUUAUUGUUACAAUAGUAUUCAUAAUAUAAUAAAAUAUGCUUAUUAUUAUAGUAUACUUCGUUUGCACUAACAUAUCUCAAUAGUUUUUAUAAAAUUUGGUAUUAUAUUUGAUUGUAUGAAAUAUGUGUAGAAUUUUAUGAGAAAUGAAACAUUAAAACUUAAAUUAUGAAUUUCAAAAUUAUUUUAUUUUAAACAUUAGUAAAUUAUGCACAAUCAGAUCUGAUUUUAAUUUUAAAAAAAUGAUCUUCAAAACAUAUCUUUGUUUAUUUAUAUUACAUGUUGAAAAUACAUGUUUCAUUGGAUGUAAUAUAUCCAUCAUUGUAUAUUACUUAUAACUGAUGAGUGCUAUUGUAGUAUUACAUCAAAAAAUAUUAUGAAGUAAAGAGCAGAAUUAUAUUUUAUUUUAGAUAAUAUAAAUUCAUGUAUUACAUAGGCUCAUAAAAGUUUAAUGUUACAGAGUAAAAAUUUAAGUAUUAAAUAUACUGUAUAUACUUUCAUACAAAUAUUUUAGAUAUAUUGACAAGUUUUUUUAUCUUUGCAUCUUUAUUUCAUAACAAUAAAUAAUUACAAAUAUUAAACAUCAUUUCUAUUUACUAGUAAAAGAUUUCAUAAUUUUAUUUAUUUUCAAAAAAAAUAUUUGAAUUAAUUUUUAUCAUAUUUAUUUCUUAUCUCUUCAUUUAAAUAUUGCAAAUAUAAUUUUUACUAAUAAGAACAUUAUAAAUUCCAUUAUAAAAAUUACAUUAAAUUAGAUUUAAAAUUAUUUUAUAUAAAAUGUUGAUGUUUACUAAAUUUCAUGUUAAAAAUAUUAAAGUUUUUUUUAUUACUUUGCUGAUAUUCUAUAUCUUACAAAUUAAUAUUUAAUAUUAUGUUAAAUUAUAAUAAAAGAACUAAUUAAUGUUUCAAAUUGUUUAAAAUUUUCAAAAUCAUUUAAUUGAAUAUUAUUAUUAAUUUUAAAAUUACUUAAAAUAUAGUUAUACUUUUUUUUGUAUAAUGUAAUGCAUUAAUUUUAUUAUAAUUUUAUUAUAUUUAACAUAAAAUAUUGUAAUACCUUUAUAGUAUUUUUCUUAUCUUUGAGGAGAUGUGUGUAUAUAUUCCAAAGUUAAAUUAGUAGUAUUUCAAUGGCAUUAUAUAUGAGGCAAUCAAUCAAAAACAGUAUGUGCUCUAUUUUUAUAAGUAAGAAAUAUUUUGAAUAUAUAUAAUGAAGAAUAUAAUGAAAAUUCUGGUACUAUUUGUAACAUUUUGCAAGAAAUAUGUGUGUGUGUGUGUGUGUGUAUGUAUAUAUAUAUAUAUAUAUAUUAUACAUACAUACAUACAUAUAUACAUACAUAUAUAUAUAUAUAUAUAUAUUGUUAUUAUUUAAUAUUCUUAUGUUUCUCUAGGAAUGGCACACAAUGCCCAUUAUUCAUUUGUUUCUAUAUUUUUAUAAAUAGAUAUAUUUACUUAAAUUACACUAAAAAAAUUUCAUAAAAUAAAAAAUAUUGGUAAUCUAAUUUAAAAAUAAGAAAAAUAUUUUUGGAGAAGCAUCAAAAAAGAUAUAUUCAAAUAAUACAAAUUAAGUUUAAUAAUUCUUAGGACAGCAUCAUAUUUUGUAUGUUGUAUACAAAAUACAUACAUAAUGAUUUAUUUCUUUAGUAAUAUACAUAUAUAUAAUGUAUUUAUACUACAAUGCUAAAGAAAUAUUUAAAAUUAUACUGAUUUAAAAUUAUUUAAAUUAACAGAAUACAAGUCAGAGUUUGUAUAGUCUCAAAAUUAAUAUAAGAUAUUUAGAAACAGAAAAAUUUAUAUAUGACCAAUGUAAAGUUAUAACUUUUGGAUAAGAAAUAUGUAAAUAUAUAUUUACAUAAGAAAUAUCAGAAACUAACAAAAAUUGGUAUAUUAUGUAUAAAUUUUUAUUUCAAUGUUACACACAUUUACAUUCCUGUUUAACAGUAGCUUUAAUAUUAUUUAAGCGUAUCUUAAAAAAUGUGAAAAUUUAUUUAAUUAACGCGUGCAUAGAGCAGCUAGUGCAGGUGGCAAUAAUUGCAAAAAUGCAAAUUGGACGAAAUUUAGGAACAAAAUGUUUAAAAAGAAGUACAGACAAGACACGUACACAAAUUUUUCGUUUUUUUCAACUACAAGAAGAUUGAUUGCAUGUAAGUAUCCGUGGCUUCUUUCUAAUGAUAAUUAAUCUAAAAUAAUUAGUGUAGCAUAUGAUACUAUGUUGCAUGAUAACGUUUUAAACAGUUACUAAAGAAUUCUUAUAUGUAUUACUUCAGUUAUAAACUAAGUAAGCUCUAAGAAUAUGUAUAGAUUUAUAAGCUCUAAAUUAGCAUUUUCUCGAUAGAAUUGUUUGUAUCUAGCAGGGAUAAAAUAGCUAAGAAAAAAAAGUGUACAUACUAUUAUCUUGGAUAUGGUAUGGUGAUUUAUUGUUAAUCGUAGAUAUAUAUUUUUUUUUUAAUAAAAACCGCGUUAACAAUUAUAAAGGUACAGUUAAUUACGUCCGCACAAAGUCACGGAUAAUUCGAAGUACAUAUAAUAACGAUGUGUGUACAAUUGUAAAUAUGUAUUCAUUUGUAUACUUUAAAAAUUGUGUCAUUUCUAUCUCAUGAUAAAUUUUAGAAAAGAAUAUAGAUUAUAAUUAUAAAUAUAAUCAGUUUGUUGAGUUAACUAUUAAACUUGAUACUUUUAUUUUUAGUUUGAAUGAAAAUUUAUGUAAGGUAUAUAAAUUCAUGCGGUUAAAAAAUUAUGUAAAUGAAUGGUAGUUUUCAUAUAAUUCAAUAUUAUAUUGUAUAAAGUCUUGAAACUUUAUAUUAUGAAAAUCAUAAUAGUAUAAUAUAAUAACGUUUUCACCAUUCAUAAAAAUAUGUAUAUUAUCUAUGUUUAUGCAGGUAAAUAAUUUAAGAUACUGUAUCUUUGAUUAGGGAAUAAAAUCACAAACAUUAUAAAUUUCUUUCUCAAAUCCCAUACAUAUAACAGAGAUUAUGAUUAAAAAUGCUCCAAUAAUACUAGUUGAUGUAGGUUGAUCUCCAAAAAAAUAUAUUUGUACAAUAUAAGCCAAAAUAAUAUCUAAAGAUCUAGUCACUGAUACUUUUCCAGCACCUUCUAUUUUUAAUGCAUUAGUCACUAAAAUUUGACCUGAUAAUCCAGUUAGUGCUAUUAACAAUAUUUUACUCCAAGUAAUCCAAUCAUGUGAAAAUUUUGAUUUUUGUUCUUGAUUAUCUGAUACAAGAAAGAAAAAAAAUACUGCAGUAACAAGUGACCACCAAGAUAGAUUAAAGAUAAUUGCUGAGUAAUGAAUUUCUGAACAUUUUCUCAUAAUUACUAUAUUAAGAGCUGUAAAAAGAGUUGCUAAAAUAGCACACACAUAUCCCAUCACAUUAUAUGAUUCAGCUCUAUGUAUCUAAA